CGAGCGCGGCAGGUGCUCAACGGGAGAGUCCUGCGAGUCCAUUGCUAACAAGCAAAGUUUUCUGCGGCGCAUUUUAAUUUUCCGGCUAUUAGUGGCAGGCAUGUCCGUGUCCGAUGAGGACUCGUCCGUGGGCAGCCCCUUCAAGGCGGCCACCCCCACGCCCGGCGGCCAGGAGCGAACCAAAGGCGUUCGACCUGGACCCGAGAACCUGCGCCACCAGCACAGCUUCGAGGCCCGCUACAGCAGCAUCAUCCAGAAGCAGAUCUGGGAGACGAGCAUCAACAAGGACGUACUGGAGCGGCAGCUGAACGCCUAUCUGCCCUUCUCCCGCAGCGCGUCCCUCACCAAAGACGGCUCCGGCGGCUUCGCCCAACUGUCCCCCGGGGACUCUGCGAAGGCCCGUUCCCUGAGCACCACGCCCACGCGACGACCGGGUCCCUGCCUGGAGAAGCUGGAGGCUGUGGACGUAGACGAGCAUGAGGCGGUGGGGAAAGCGAAGCCAUGAAGGGCCUUCAGGGGCUUACAGCGAAUACACCUGAGGUCCGCCCAAGAGACAUUUCACUGCAGUUUUGUCGUGAGAUUUGACAUUUUGACUAGGAGCUGCUUCAACAUACAUAUGUAUGUACGUGUAUGCAUCUCUAAGUUAUUUUUUCAUAAGUAUUACUAACAUUUAAGGCUAAAAUUAAAGAAUAAGUCCUAAAUCCUUUGGCAACUAUACUAAACUCUCUCACAGCAACGAACUUUUUAGUAUUUGAAUAACUUACUUAACUAAUUUUGUAAUUUCAUUUUAUUGCUCUACCCAAUGACCCCCCACUGGGAACCUAAUGCUAUCAAAUCUACCCCCAUUUAAACCCUCAUUCUUCCACUAAGUAUUCAAUCUCUUUCAAUAAAACAA